GGGACAUUCUGUUUGUGUAAUGCGAUUCCUCUCUAGUGUUUAGCGCUCGAAGGCUCCGGAAGCGGUAAGUCCCGAAUAGAGCUCGGAAGUUACCGGUAAAAUGGGUCGCGCGGAGCGGAAAGCGGAGGCUCGGGAAGAGAUGUUACGGCGGGAGCUGUACCAGGACCGGCGGAGACAGGUUACCCGGAUCCUGCAGAAACCGGCGGCCGAGCGGAGCCCCGGGGAGAGGGAGCUGCUCUCACAGUGCGGAGACCUGGUCCGGGAGCUGGAGACACGGAGACACCGGAGAGACCGGCAACGAUCCCGGGAACAGGAGGUUGUGGAUGAUUUGCCUUUACUGCAGGAGAAGGUUUUGCAGUUGGCUGAUGCUGUACGCAGAGCAUCCUACAUGGUGAUCUACACUGGAGCCGGGAUUAGUACGUCAGCAGCUAUCCCAGAUUACAGAGGGCCGAGUGGAGUGUGGACGCUUCUGAAUAAAGGCAGGAGUGUGAGUACAGGGGAUCUAAGUGAAGCCCAGCCGACUUUCACACACAUGUGCAUUCCUCGUUUACACAGUGCGGGCCUGGUCAAACAUGUGGUAUCGCAGAACUGUGAUGGACUGCACCUACGCAGUGGCUUCCCGCGAGAAGCCAUGUCAGAGGUCCAUGGAAACAUGUACAUAGAGAUUUGCACUUCCUGUUCCCCAAAUCGAGAGUAUGUGCGAUUGUUUGAUGUGACAGAACGCACAGCCCUUCAUAAACACAGCACUGGACGAACCUGCCACAAGUGUGGAGGGGAGCUGAGGGACUCUAUUGUGCAUUUUGGAGAGCGGGGAAAGUUGACUCAACCUCUAAAUUGGGCCGGGGCACUGCAGGCAGCUGAAAAAGCAGAUCUUAUACUUUGUUUGGGGUCAAGUCUCAAGGUUCUGAAAAAGUAUCGUGCUCUGUGGGGCAUGAACAAGCCACUCCAGAAACGACCCGAGCUAUAUAUUGUGAAUUUACAGUGGACACCUAAAGAUUCUAUGGCCACACUGAAAAUUAACGGGAAAUGUGACGAGGUCAUGCGGCUUCUAAUGAGCGAGUUGAACCUAGAUGUCCCGGAGUAUGAUCGGUCGCUAGAUCCUAUAUUUGAGAUUGCUGUCCCACUAAAUCCUGGAGAAGAAAACAGCCACAGUCGGCAGCCUAUAAAACCCACUGCCCUGGAGCCGGACCCUAUAACGCCAUCCCAUCCGCUGUCCCCCCAGCCCCUGUCUGGUGGCUGGUUUGGUAAAGGGUGUGCAAAGGGCAGGAAGACCAAAAGAUAAUACAGGAAC